AUGACAGAUUCUAAAUUAGAGGGCUCCUCUAAACAUGGAGAUCUAGGUAAACCUUUUGAAAAUAAUAAUUCUAAUGAAAGUUCUUCAUCUAGAAAACAAAGUGGCAGAAAACUUUCCAUCAAUACCGAUACAAAUAUGGAUAUAAUAGACAAAUUGGACCAAUCGGGCUUCCCAGGGUCAUCCUUUCAUCAUGAUGGCCCUUUUGACGUUAUUUCUCCAGGUAGAAAUAGUAAAGAUAAUAAAAAUGCACCAAUUCUAGCUUUCCCAAAUGAUAAAAACGAACCAAUUGUAUCUAUUCCAAGGAGAACACAUAGUAAACGAGAAGAAAAAACAGACAUUGAUAUACUUGAUGACAUAUUUGGUGUAAACGAUGUAGAUGAUGAUGAUAGCUAUAUGACUGAGUCUGAUAGUUUCCGUGAGAAUUCAGAAAGCGACAUAAUGGAAGCAGGUACCAUACAUGGUACAUAUACUGAAGGGUUAGGUACAUCCACGUUCAUUGAUGGUUCAGGUGCUCCUUCCAGAAGAACUGGAAUUCAAAGAACACAUGCCAAUGAUGAACUAUUAAUAGAUUUUUCCAAUAAGAAUGAUAAUGACAGGGACUCUGAUGAUAACGAAGUCACAGAUGAAACGGUAGGUUUGAUAAAUAGUAAUAGUACUAAUUAUGAACGUUUCAGUAAGGAUGAAAACUUAAUUGACUUAGAUAAUACAAUCACAGAGAGAACCAUUAAAUCUCGCCCCAAUAAUAAUUGA